AUGCUGGUUUUUGCAUGUAGUGGACUGGAGUACAAGUACGCAGAAGUUAUGCUGCUUAGACGCUGCUUGCGGUACUAUGGACAGAUCUGAGCAUCACAUUUAGGAACAGAUAUAUUGUUCAUCAAGGGAGUGCAACAUGGGCUCACAAACAUGAUACCUACCUGCAUGGGUUAUGUCACGAGGAGAGAUUACACAGAUUAAGCUUGUUAUCUCUAGAAUUUAUUAAGAGGUGAUCUGAUAGAAAUCUUUGUACUGUUUGCAGGAAAAGACGGGCAGCUAAUGGUAAACUAUUUGCACUUUUGGAGAUUCUGGAAGUACAGGCAAUACUUGUAAGAAUUAAGACCAGAACAUUUGGAGAGAUGUUAGGAAGCACUUGUACACACAAUGGAUGAUAGAGGUUUGGGACUUGGUUCCUCAAGUGGCUUGGAUACCAGAUCAGUUGUUAACUUUAAAUCUGAGAUUAAUAACUGAGUUUAUCAAAGUUUAAGGAAAUGGGCCAAAGACAGGUCUAUGGAGUUCAGCCAUGAUCUCAUUGAAUGGUUUGAACAGGAGAGAGGGGCUGAAUGCCCUACUCUAUUCCUAUAUGAAUACAAUGGCUGCAAGAAUAGGUCUGAGACUUGGAAUCAUGCACAGAUUAACUCAGUGCCCAACCAUGCCUCUGCAAAAUCUACAAGGAAGAAAUCAAGAGUGUGAUCGAAUACACCCAUUUGCUUCGAUAGUUGCAGUUUUGUCAUUUUGGCAGUGUGCGAUUGCGUGGAGAAGGGCUGUUCACACAACAGGAUCAUGCUUCAAGAACCGAGCAGCCCGCAUUCGUGUUGGAAAGGGUGAUAAACCAGUUACCUACGAGGAGGCACAUCCCCCUCACUUUAUCGCUCACAGAAAAGGGUGGCUGUCCCAACACACCAGCAAUCUGGAUGGUGAGGAAGGAGCUGCAGACCGCACAGUUGAGGAUGUUUUCAUCCGCAAGUUUAUUUAUGGAACCUUUCACGGCUGUCUGGCCAAUGAGGUGGUUGUGAAGAGAAGAGCAAACAUGAUUAUCAUCUGCGCCAUCUUCAUUCAAAAAUUGCCACCUCAAAAGUUCUAUUUCCUGAUUGGCUACACAGAGACUCUCCUCUCAAACUUGUACAAAUGUCCUGUCAAAAUGGAAGUGCAGACAGUGGAUAAGAAGAUUGUAUAUAAAUACAUCUAACUGGAUACACAAAGGAAAUGACUGAAUAGCACAAGCUUUUGUUAUUGACUGAGUAUUGUAACCUGGUUUUGUCAAUUUGGAAAAAAUCUCAGCUCUACUUGGUAUUUUGGGCACCAAAUGGAAAGUGCUGUAGUCAUUUACAUGGUGUGUGGAUAUUUUUUGGUUGACUUUGCCAGUUUUGUCCCUUUGGCCACCUUCUCAGAAAUUAUACUAUGUUUCUGGGUGCAGUUCACAUUAGAAACUGUGAGCUUUGUCAAUGAAAUACUAAGGCCACCAAUUCCCGUGCCAUAUCUUGUGACAAAAGGCAAAACAGAACUUAAAGGCCAAAUCAGUGAAUUGCUAAACACUGCCCAUCACCUCUGACUGCACUUGCUCAUUGGCUGUCCUGAGCCAAAUCAGAGAAACUAGCGGUGGGCCUAUUUAGAUGUGCCAUCUUCGUCCACUCUUAAUUUUUCAGAAAUAGUCAUGUUGACCUCUGAGUCAGGGAAUUAAAUGUUGAGAACAAUGUCCAACCAUAGCUGGUUGUUAUGGAAUAAUGGUGAAUGCCAGGAGCCACACCCAGAUUGUCCUAUUCUGUGGACUGAGGUGGGACUCUUAACAUUGGCAGCAUUUUCCAUUUGAUAGCACCGAAACAUCAUGACUAGCCCCAGGCCUAUAGUCACACCAAUAAAAUCAUGUACCAGACUGAUCUGACAUUCUUAAAAUACCUGCAUGGAUCUUUUCCUGUGAAUAAACAGCUUACUGUCAGAUCUUGA